AUGGAAAACUAUAUGUUUAAGUUUAAGUUGGAGCAACCAGAGUCUACCAAAGAAAAUGAUAACAAGAAGUGUGUAUUCAAUGAUGAGGAAAUUGAAAUAAUAAAUGAUAACCCAAGAGAUCACGUUUCGGUUGAUUAUGGCUUAAAUAUUUUGUUCGAAGUGAUUGAAAAUGAAAAUAAUUAUAUUAGUAGUAGUAGUAGUAGUAGUAGUAGUGGUAGUAGUGGUAAAUCUAUUUGUAGAAGUAAGAAGUUACUAAGAACUCUUGACUGUAAUACUACAGAAAGAGAUGAUGAAUAUUUGGAUAAGGUAUUCGAAUUGGAGUUGUGCUUUGAUGGUGAUAUACAGCAAAAAUCUAUGAAACCGGACAGAGGUUUCAAAAUAUCAAACAUACUUUUAAAUUUAUUUUGA